GAACUUCAAAGGGUAAAACAGUCAUGUAUGGCCCUCCAUUAUAUAGAGAUGGAUUAUAUUGUUAUGGUGAGAUGGAUGCCCUAAUGUCUGUGACUGAAUUAGGCAGUUUAGAACACAACAAAUUAGUUGGAAAGGAUAUUGGGUGGAAGAAACGUAGUAUCUUUUGGGAUCUCCCAUAUUGGAAGGAUUUGCUUAUACGCCACCAUCUUGAUAUAAUGCACAUAGAGAAGAAUUGCUUUGAGAACAUAUUUUACACGAUUCUGGGUGUGUGCCAGGGAAGUCAAAGGACCAUACACGAGGGAGAAUGGAUAUGGAACACAUUUGUCAUAGACCGGGUAUGAAGAUGGACUGUGACGGAAAAUAUCCCAAGGCUCCUUUCACGCUUUCAAACAAGCAAAGAGAGGUUUUGUGCAAUUGGGUUGAUUCACUUAAGUUCCCCGAUGGAUUCGCAUCUCGAUUAGGACGUUGUGUAGAAAUGGAGAACCUUAAGGUAUUCGGUAUGAAGAGUCACGAUGGUCACGUUUUUAUGCAACGUCUACUUCCAAUUGCACUGAGAGAAAUG